AAGGCAUAACCGUGUAAGGGCUGUAAGAGGUUGAAUUCUCGAACAAAGGACACAAAAAGGUCGAAAUAGGGAGGAAUAGCUUGGAAGAGGUCAUGUCGGACGUGAUUGAGCUCAAAAAACUCGUGAAAUCGCUGCAGCAAGCGUCGUCUGACAAGGAGACGAUAGAUGUCUUGCAGGUGUUGAAGAAGGAGGCGAAGAUUACUGAGGCCAUUCUCAGGGAAAGCAAAGCCGGUCUCGCUGUGGGAAAACUCCGUUCACACGCCACAAAGGAGGUCUCAGAGCUUGCGAAGGAAGUCGUACGGCAAUGGAAGACAGAGGUUGACAAGGAGAAGAAGGCAGCAGGAGCGAAGUCGCCAGUACUGAAUGGAAAACCUGCAGCACCCAGCCGGAAAAACUCUGUAGCAACACCAACAACGCCCACCGUCUCAACGCCAGGCAGCAUAUCCAAUGGUUCGACAACCCGAACGACCAAGACGGAUGGAAUCAACACCGACGUAACACGCGAUAAGACGCGUGACAAGUGUAUUGAGCUGCUGUACGAUGCCCUUGCCUUUGAUUCAGGAGCUCCAUCGGAGCUCAUCUUCCAACGAGCUAAAGCUGCUGAAGAUGCUGUAUUCCACACCUUCAACGGUACCACCGGCGACUACAAAACCAAGAUUCGCUCCUUGGUUGUCAAUCUGAAAGACAAGAAGAAUCCAGGUCUCCGAGAAAGCGUCGUCAGCGGCGAUCUACCAGCGGCGAAGCUAGCAAAGAUGACUAGUCAGGAUAUGGCCUCUGAAGAGAGGAAGAAUGCGGACAAGAAGAUUAAAGAGGAGAAUAUGUUUAAGGCGCUUGGGGCGGAAGAGCAGCAGGCUGAGACGGAUGCAUUCCAGUGUGGGAGGUGUAAGCAGAGAAAAUGUCGCUACCGCCAGGCGCAGACGAGAAGUGCUGAUGAGCCGAUGACGACUUUCGUGACCUGCACCGUCUGCAACAACAGGUGGAAAUUCUCUUAGAGCGAUCCACCGUGUUCCUCGGGGCCAUCUUUCUUUCUUUUCCCUAAAUUCAAUGCUACAGAUCCACGUUUAAUCCUUCGAGUCUGUCUCUAUGCUCUGCACUCCCACGUCUCUGGCACCAUGCUUCGCCUGUCUCUGGUCUCCUCUCCUUUAUUGUCCACAAGACUCCUCUAUGUUGAUCGUUGUAUGUAUAAGUUACUGAUCGUCGAUCUUUUUUCCUCCCGUCUUUAUCUUACGUGCUCCAGGGCGGGCGCGCACAGAUCUCGUAUAUUAUACCACUUUGUGCCG